ACGGAGGAGGAAUGUACCAAUAACUUCUUCUCCUUGAAACAAGAUUUCAUGCCCACGUUUCAAAGUGAUUCAGAGGAGCAUGAAUCAUGGUCGGUUGAUGAUGGAAAUGAAGGCUUUGAUACCAAAGAAGCUGCAGAAACAGAGAAGAAAAAAGAAGUAAGGGAUGGGCUAGAGGUUGAAGAUGAUGAUGUGGCAAACAAAUGUGAUGAGCCCAACAGUAAUUGUGGCCCACAAGCCUCGGAAGAAGUGAUGAAAGACGCAGAAACAAUGUCAAAAAGUGUAAUUCAAAUUCAAAAUGAGAUUGAGAGAGUGAACAGUGCAGGAGACAAACGGGAGGCGCGACAGAUAAGGAAGACUGAAAUGGCAGCAGGUAAUUAUGUGGGGAAGACUGUAGGCCCGAAGGAAAGGAAUGGGAUGAAGCAGAUAGGGGGCCUGAACUUGCAGGAGGGUAGCCCAAGCUAUGCAGCAUCGUUUAACAUGGGCUUGGUCCAAAAAACAAGUGAUGGGCCAAACCCAAAUUCAUAAAGUGUAAAGGAGAAGUCCAAUAGCAAGGAGCAUGUGGCGAAAAUGGAAAAAAGUGUAGAAAUCGAAGUGGAUGUGUUUAGAAGCAACAUACAGGUGGCAAAAGCGAAAGAAAACUCAGAUAAUGGGAAAGAGAGGUGUAAGAACAGGGAACAUGAGGCAGAAAGGAAAGAAAAUUCAGUAAGUGAG